AUGAGUGUCCAGGCCGCAGUGGACUACACGGUGGGUUUGAUAGAAGACUCUUAUCGGAUUGUGAAUGCAGCAGAGGCCCGCCUCCCCAAGCUCGAUGGUAAAGCGAAAGAAGAUUUAGAUACCUAUAUUGAGCAGUGCAAAGAUCAAGCUGCAGGAAGCAUAUAUUUCCAGUAUGGUCAACCCAGCCAAUAUGGUCAAGGAGGCUUAGCUAACUUGACGAACGUGACAAUAGUCAAUACUCACCGAGAUACCUUUCCAAAUCUGCUUUCCAGGGAGACAAAAUUGUUGUUCAAUUAUAAGAGCGUGGAGUCAUGGAGAUUUAAAUAA